AUGGUUCUGCAGAUACUAGUGCCUUUCCUACUGGCUGGAUUGGGGACGGUGUCAGCUGGAAUGCUACUGGACAUAGUUCAGGUGAGGUACUGAUAAAUUGCAUGGUGUGUUUAUUUUUUUAUCUGUUAUUGCAUUGUGUAUGGGCGUGUACUGUAUUGUGUUUUAGUGUAGUGCAUGGUAUGUUUAUGUAUUGUGUUGUGUGUCUGUAUAUUGAUCUAUUGCAUUGUGUGCUCGUCUGGCUAGUAGUGUAUUGGGUGUUGGUGUGUCCACUGCACUGUGUGCCAGUCUAUUACAUGGCUCUCCAACCCUGUUCCUUGAGAGCUACCAUCCUGUAGGUUUUCAUUUCAACCCUAAUCUAGCGCACCUAUUUCUAAUAAUGAUUUGGUUUAAAAGAUGAAUCAGGUCAGUUACAACUGGAAUUGGAGUGAAAACCUACAGGAGUAUUCAACUGUGGGUGUGUUGUUGUGGCAGCAUUGGGAGGUGUUCCAGAGAGUCACAGAAAUCUUCAUCCUGGUGCCAGUUCUACUGGGCCUGAAGGGAAACCUGGAGAUGACCCUGGCCUCCAGACUCUCAACCGCAGUGAGUACAUACACAUACACACGCUCACACAUAAUAUGCCAUUUAGCAGACGCUUUUAUCCAAAGCGACUUACAGUCAUGCGUGCGUAAUUUUUUUUUUUUGUGUAUGGUUGGUCCCGGGGAUCGAACCCACUACCUUGGCGUUACAAGCGCUGUGCUCUACCAGCUGAGCUACAGAGGACCAAGCACGCACGCACACACAAACAACACACACACACACAAUCAAUCCAUACCUCAAAACAGUGGGAAAUCCAUUCCUCACAUUGUUUCUCGCUUGCAUUGUGACUUCUCUGUCCCCAUGUGAAAAUCCUCACCUGCCUGUGAAGAAAAUAUCCCUGCACAACUCCCUACAGUACAACACUGAAAUAAUGUAACUACAACCUAUACUGCAUAUAUGACUCUGAAUCUACCCUCCCUUACCAUGUAUUGUGCACACAGGAUGUAUGGUGUGUUAUUGCAUUUUUCACCCCCAACUGAACAACCUGCUGACUGGCAUGAUGGAAAAUGUUCUGAUUAUAGAAUGCAUGACCUCUAGUAACUGAUGCUCUCCCACUCAUUUUGUCUUCUGUUAGGUAAAUGUGGGGAAAAUGGAAACUGCCAGAGCUAAGUAGAGUUUGAUUAUUGGGAACCUGGCACUAAAACAGGUAAAUGAGUAUGGUUAUAUUAAAUGUUUAGUCACAGUAGAUGGAUAAAGACCCAAAUGACAGACACAGGUUGGCCCUUGUGUGUCAUACUGUUCACAGUGUUAUCUGCCCACUCUCUAGAUGCAAGCCACAGUGCUGGGUCUUCUGGCUGCCUUAACAGCGGUGGUCUUGGGCUGGGUACUGGAGAGAGAUAUGUUCCUCAGUCACGCUACUCUCCUCUGCUCAGCCAGUGUAACUACGGCCUUCAUGGCUUCACUGCUGCAGGGUAAGGACACCAAAUAGCCCUGUCUACACGACCAAAAGUAUGUGGACACCUGCUCGUCGAACAUCUCAUUCCAAAAUCAUGGGCAUUAAUAUGGAGUUGGUCCCCCCUUUGCUGCUAUAACAGCCUCCACUCUUCUGGGAAGGCUUUCAACUAGAUGUUGGGACAUUGCUGAGGGGACUUGCUUCCAUUUAGCCACAAGAGCGUUAGUGAGGUCUGGCUCUGAUGUUGGGUGAUUAGGCCUGGCUCGCAGUCAGAGUUCCAAUUCAUCCCAAAGGUGUUCAAUGGGGUUGCGGUCAGGGCACUGUGCAGGUCAGUGAAGUUCUUCCACACUGAGCUCGACAAACCAUUUCUGUAUGGACCUCGCUUUGUGCACAGGGGCAUUGUCAUGCUGAAACAGGAACACAAAGUUGGAAGCCCAGAAUCGUCUAGAAUUUCAUUGUAUGCAGUAGCAUUAAGAUUUCCCUUGAAAGGAACUAAGGGGCCUAGCCCGAACCAUGAGAAACAGCCUCCACCAAACUUUACAGUUGGCACUAUGCAUUGGGGCAGGCAGCGUUCUCCUGGCAUCUGCCAAACCCAGAUUAAUCCGUCGGACUGCCAGAUGUUGAAGCGUGGUUCAUCACUCCAGAGAACGUGUUGCCACUGCUCCAGAGUCCAAUAGCGGCGAGCUUUACACCACUCCAGCCGACGCUUGGCAUUGUGCAUGGUGAUCUUAGGCUGCUCGUCCAUGGAAACCCAUUUCAUGAAGCUUCCGAUGAACAAUUCUUGCGCCGAGGUUGCUUCCCGAGGCAGUUUGGAACUCGGUAGUGAGUGUUGCAACCGAGGACAGACGAUUUUUACGCGCUACAAGCUUCCCGUUCUUGUGUGGCCUACCACUUCAUGGAUGAGCCGUUGUUACUCCUAGAAGUUUCCACUUUACAAUAACAGCACUUACAAUUGACCGGGGCAGCUAUAGCAGGGCAGAAAUUUGAUGAACUGACAUGUUGGAAAGGUGGCAUCCUAUGAUGGUGCAACGUUGAAAGUCACUGAGCUCUUCAGUAAGGUAAUUCUACUGCCAAUGUUUGUCUAUGGAGAUUGCAUGGCUGUGUGCUCGAUUUUAUACACCUGCCAGCAACGGGUGUGUCUGAAAUAGCCAAAUCCACUAAUUUGAAGCGGUGUCCACAUACUUUUGUGUAUAUAUAGUGUACCAUACUGACUUUGGGAGGCCCAAGUUGUAAAUCACAGCUCUAAGAGCUAGCUAGGUAUUUACAGCAACGGACGAACACCAACACUAGUUUAAAAACAACAACCCAUUUAUCCCUAUACCAACAUCACCUCAUUGUCCUACAUAGAUUCAUGCAUGCCAAUUCCUCCCUGCAAUAAGGCCCUCUUCACUAGCAUCUUAGUGUAAGAUGGCAGUCGCUUCAUUAUAGGGAAGGUGUGUCUUUCUACAUACCAUGCCCUCUCUAUCAUGGGGGCACGUGUGUACCCAUUGAUCAUUAUUACUAAUGACUAUUUACCAUACUGAAUACAGCUGCGGGAUUCCUGCAAAAGCCUGCAUGCUAUUUCUAUUUGACACAGAAUACUCAGCAAAGAGACCAGGAAACAACUAAAACUAAAACUGUAGGUUUCUUCCAUAUAAGAUACCUUUUGGUUGCUAAAUAAUUUUAUGACUCAAAUAAAACCAAUGCUUGAAAUCUGAGAGACAGACCACAUUUACAUUUUAGUAAUUUAGCAGAAGCUCUUAUCCAGAGCGACUUACAGUUAGUGAGUACACUAGUCUGUCUGGCUAUCAACUGUGUUUGUUUAGCUAGUAUAUCUGCUCCUCUCUGUCUCCACAGAGUAUUAUCCCUAUGUGUCGUACCUGGUGUGCCUGAUCUUCCUCUGCCUGACCCCUCUGUGGGUGGUCGUCUCCUCCAGAAACCCAGCCAGUCGCAUUCUACUCUACACAGGCUGGGAACCAAUCAUCACUGCCAUGGUCAUCAGCAGGUCUGCUACCCUGUUCCGUGCCCCUGAAGUCCAGUCACAGCAUUCAAAUCCUGUGAUCUUUAUGGAAAUACCAUCCUUCAAUUUGUAUUUUUCUCUAGUAUCGGAGGACUCAUCCUGGACACAACUGUAUCAGACCCGAACAUGGUGGGAAUGAUAGUCUACACGGCAGUUAUGAAUGGCAAGACGGGAAGCUGGGUUUUUAGGAGCACACAUUCAGGAUCCUUCAAGAAAAUGGUAAUAAUGUAUAUGAUCAUUGUGUCUCUCCUCCUCAUCUCAAUCUAGGUGUUGGGGGGAACUUGGUUGCCAUCCAGUCCAGCCGUAUUGCCACUGAUCUGCACCGCCACUCCUCACUGAGGCAGGUGCCUGAGGAUCGAAGGAGCUGCUACAAACCCUGCAGGACCUUCUGUGGCUCAGGUAAUGACACACACACAACCAAUCCCCUUAACAUGCCUGUGAACACAACAUUAAUGAAAUGUUCUGUUGUCAGUGUAUUCUACCUGUCAGGUUAACCAUCUCUACCUCUGACAGGAGCCAAUCAUCGCUCUGCCCAGGUGCUGCUCCUUUUGGUCGUCCCGGGUCACCUGAUCUUCCUGUACACCAUCCACCUGAUGAAGGGCGGCCCCAUCGGUCCCACACCUGUCUAUAUCACCUUCUUCUUAACUGCAGCCCUCCUACAGGUAAAACAUGAAGCAAGAGAGAUCAGUUAGGUCAAUCAUGCCUCAGUAGUCAUAAGUGGAUUAUUUAUCCUCUGCUCCUUCAUUAACACUUACACUGAGUAUACAAAACGUUAAGAACACCUGCUCUUUCCAUGACAUAGACUGACCAGGUGAAAGCUAUAAUCCCUUAUUAAUGUCACUUGUUAAAUCCACUCCAAUCAGUGUAGUUGAAGGGGAGGAGACAGGUUAAAGAAGGAUUUUUAAGCCUUGAGACAAUUGAGACAUGGAAUGUGUAUGUGUGCCUUUCAGAGGGUGAAUGGGCAAGACAAAAUAUUUAAGGGCCUUUGAACAGGGUAUGGUAGUAGGUGCCAGGCACACCGGUUUGAGUGUGUCAAGAACUGCAAUGCUGCUGGGUUUUUCACACUCAACAGUUUCCCGUGUGUAUCAAGAAUGGUCCACCACCCAAAGGACAUCGAGCCAACUUGACACAACUGUGGGAAGCAUUGGAGUCAACAUGGGCCAGCAUCCCUGUGGAAUGCUUUCGACACUUUGUAGAAUCCACGCCCCAACGAAUUGAGGCUGUUCUGAGGGCAAAAAGGGGCAAAAGGAAGAUGUUCUUAAUGUUUGGUAUAAUAAAGGGCUGACUCUCUCUGUCCCCCUUCCGUCUAUGUCCCACUCUUCUCUCUCUGUGUUCUCUUCUCUCAGGUCUUCAUUCUGCUGUGUCUUGCUGACUGGAUGGUCCAUUGCCUGUGGUGGACGGGCAAGGACCCGGACAGUUACUCCAUCCCCUACCUCACCGCUCUGGGGGAUCUAUUGGGCACGGCCUUCCUGGCUCUGGCCUUCUUCAUCCUCUGGCUCGUAGGGGUUUAAUGGAGGGCGGCCCUUAUUCCCGGUCAAGGAGAGCGGCAGAGCCACUGGCUCCAGCAAUGCCCUCAUUGGCCAAGUACGUCGAGGGCUCAUGGGAGGCACCUCUAGCGGCGCGU